CUCUCUCUCUCAACAGUCCCCACCACAUUCUCUGUCUCUCCAACUUUCUGUUCCCCUCAAUAAAUCUGUCUUCAUUCCUGUCACACUAUCUGUCUGUAACCAUGCUACUGAGAGCUGCACCAGCUUUCUCUAUCUUGAACACUCGUGGGGAUAACCUGAAUCCCCUGUUUUCCUCUGUUUCUUCUUUGUCUUCGUUGAAAUCUGUUCAGAGGAAUUUUCGUGUGAAAAUUGGAAAUGGGUUUGUGGUUUGUGCGUCGAAGGGUUCGAGUAAUAGGCCACUUACUGGUGUCGUGUUCGAGCCCUUUGAAGAGGUGAAGAAGGAGCUCAUGCUUGUACCCACUGUUCCUCAAGCUUCUCUUGCUCGCCAAAAGUAUUCUGAUGAGUGUGAGGUGGCAAUCAAUGAACAGAUCAAGUGGUUUGUUCGAGUUUUUGUAAUUGUUGAGUACAAUGUUUCGUAUGUGUACCAUGCUAUGUUUGCCUACUUUGAUAGAGACAAUGUUGCUCUCAAGGGUCUUGCUAAGUUUUUCAAGGAAUCCAGUGAGGAGGAAAGAGACCAUGCUGAGAAAUUGAUGGAGUAUCAGAACAAAAGGGGUGGGAAAGUGAUGCUGCUGUCAAUAGUGAUGCCUCUAUCUGAGUUCGAUCACGCUGAUAAGGGAGAUGCUUUGUAUGGGAUGGAACUUGCGUUAUCUCUGGAGAAGUUGACGAAUGAAAAACUGCUGAACUUGCACGCUGUAGCCUGCCGAAACAAUGAUGUGCAGUUGGCAGAUUUUAUUGAAACCGAGUAUUUGACAGAGCAAGUGGAAUCCAUCAAAAAGAUCUCAGAGUAUGUUGCUCAGCUGAGAAGAUUGGGCAAAGGACAUGGAGUCUGGCACUUUAAUCAGAUGCUCCUCCAUGAGGAAGUGUAAGCUGCUGCAUAAUGGAGUUGCCCUUUUCGUUGGUGCGCACAUGGUGCAGCUUCCGUGUUUUCUUCAUUUUACCUUUUUUGCAGGAUGUUCUAUGCAGUAUUUUUCUGGUUUGAGAUGUUUGCUAGAGUUCUUGGAUAUAGUAAGCUACAAAAACGUGUGCUGAUGGUAGAUACAAAGUGUGUAUGGUACACUAGUAUAGUGUUUGUUUAGUUAUUUCCCUUAGAACUACUUUAAAAUACUGGGGUGUUCAAUAACCGAAACAAAUUUCAGCCGCGUUGGUUUGCUUGUUCUUCAGUGUCGGGGGAUAGGUAGCCAUCACAUGUUAGUGACCAACAAAAUUUAGUCGUUUUUGUAUAUGGAUUGGUUGGAAGCUGUGUAGUGAUAGUUUGCAAUCACUCCAUAAUAUUCAUCAAAGAGCUGAUGGUUUUCAAGGUUUGGACCAAUAUUGCUACGGUGGUGUCUAACCUUAAGGUAGUUCAAGUGGUAAUAGGGACGAGUUAUAAAUUUAAAUGUUCGAAGUUCAAAUCUUGAUAAAUUCUUGGAAUGAGAUCAAGAG